AUGCUUUUCGUAACCCGCCGUCUGGCAAGAGACACCACGGGCCGGCGACAAAUAUCCACCAUCGUGCCCUCUUCCGCUUUAUCACCUUCGCGUCGGACACGACUUUCAUUCUUGGCUGGUAGAAGUUCCCUUCGUUAUGUUCACGUAAGAGCAAUUUCGUACUCCGCGAUACCACGAUUCGUCGCGCGUGCGUUCCGCGUACCCAUUGCAGGAGCCACAGUUGGAGCAGGAGCGUUUGGAUACGCGAAUUAUCGCAUCGAUGAAUUUCGUAAGACCUCGCUGGAUUGGGUGCAUAGCGCCCAAGAGACUGCAACAGAACUUUUUGAAGACGCUUCUUCCAAGCUAAAAUCCGUUUCCAAGUCUAUAUCCUCGAAUCUGGAAGGAAUUGAGAUACCACAGGCGAAGGCGCCCCAAUUCUUGAAGCACUUGUUUUCUGCUUCGUCCUCUUCUGGCGAUGAUGGUAGUGAUGGUAGAAAUAAGGGUUCUGACUCUCAUGAGAACCCCAGAUCUCCCAAAGAUCGAUCAAUUGAGGAAGCUGUUGCUAUGGCUUCGUUGGUCGCGGCCACCAUGUCCUCUCCAUCUGAUUCAAGAGAGAAGGAUGAUCACUCUGGAGAGACUAACACUUUGAUGCAUCUCACUCGGAAGCUGAUUGAGAUUAGAUCGGUGCUGCUCAGCAUUGACCAAAGCGACACGCUGAAGUUGCCGAGCAUUGUGGUAAUCGGAAGUCAGAGUUCAGGCAAGAGCUCUGUCUUAGAGGCCAUUGUAGGUCACCAAUUUCUCCCCAAGGGAGACAAUAUGGUGACCAGACGUCCGAUUGAGUUGACUCUGAUCCACACACCCGCAAAGCCCGGCCAGGAGAUGCCGAGAGAGUAUGGAGAAUUCCCCGCUUUACAAACUGGGAAAAUCUAUGAUUUUUCCCAUAUCCAGAAGACCCUGACGGAUAUGAACUUGGCUGUACCUUCAGAGGAAGCCGUCUCCGAUAAGCCGAUCGAUUUGCGAAUACACAGUCCGCAUGUUCCUGACCUCACGCUUAUUGACUUGCCGGGGUACAUUCAGCUCAGCUCACUGGACCAGCCGGAAGAGUUGAGAGAGAAGAUUUCUUCGCUCUGUGAGCGGUACAUCCGCGAACCGAACAUUAUCCUUGCCAUUUGUGCCGCUGAUGUUGAUCUUGCCAAUUCUCCCGCACUGAGAGCGAGUCGGAAGGUCGAUCCGCUGGGUUUGAGGACUAUUGGGGUGAUUACGAAAAUGGACCUUGUGGCUCCCGAACACGGAGCCCAAAUCUUGAACGGAAAUCGGUAUCCUCUCCAUUUAGGGUAUGUUGGGGUCGUCUGCAAGUCGCUCCCCAGGGAUGAGAAGAAAUCACUCCUUGGGAAGGAGAAAUCCAACAUCUCGACAGCCGUGGCUCGUCGUGAGGAUGCUUACUUUGGCCAACAUCCCGAGUAUUUCGGGAAAGGGACUUCGGUUCUGGCUGGCACUCAAACACUUCGUCGUCGUCUUAUGGAUGUACUAGAAUCUAGUAUGGCGAGCUCCCUGCAUGGAAUUUCAAACGCGGUCCAGUUAGAACUCGAAGAAGCGAACUAUCAGUUCAAGGUACUAUACAACGAUCGCCGUAUCAGUGCUGAAUCCUACGUUGCGGAGACCGUCGAUGCGCUCAAAGCCCGAUUCAAGGCUUAUACUUCCCAACUCACCAAACCCGAGAUCCGUGCCAAGCUCAAAUCAAUGUUGGACAACAAAGUCUUGGAUAUUCUGGAACAACUAUAUUGGUCAGACAAACGUACACUAGAACUCCAUCAGCUGGGUCAAGAUCCUAAAGUUAAUGUUGAAGAACUUGACCCUUACUGGCGGUACAAGCUGGAAGCGGCUAGCUCGCUACUCACCAAGUCUGGAGUGGGACGUGACUCCACGAACCUUGUUGCAGACGGUCUUCGAGCUCUUAUCGAUUCCAUCGCAGCUGCAGAACCAUUCAAUCAUCAUCCCUCCGCUGCAGAACGCAUCAUCGAUUUUUCACACGAAAUCCUCCGCGAACGACUGGGUAUCGCUUCGGACCAAGUGGAAAAUUGUAUCAAACCUUAUAAACACGAAGUAGAAGCUGAUGAGCGAGAAUGGGAGAGUGGGAGAGAGAGAGGUAUUGCGCUGUUUGAACGCGAAGUUGUGUUGUGUCAGGAUAAAUUGGCUGAGUUGAGGAAAAGGGUUGGUGGAGGCAGGAGGCUGAAUAAUUUGACAAAUUAUGUGAAGGGUCUUGAGGAGAGGGAGAAGGAGAGAGUAGCAAGGCGGUUAGUUGCUGUUAGGAAGGGAGAGGAGCCUGCAUCUGAGGACAAUGUUCCGAUUGUUGCCGACACGUAUCGGUACAGUCCGGCGAACGUUAUUGACGCUCGUAAUGCCCUGUUGUGUCAAGAUCGUAUAGGGAUCCUGAAACUCCGGAUAAUGGCCCUCAAGUCUAAACGGUGCCGUGCAGGUCCACGGAACGACAUAUUCUGUCCUGAAGCAUUCCUGAGUGUCGUUGCUGACAAACUCGCGUAUACGGCCACUAUGUUCCUAAAUAUUGAACUAUUAGAUCAAUUCUUUUACCAGUUCCCCCGGGAGAUCGACUCGCGGCUAAUGUACGACCUUGAUCGGGACGAGAUUGCAAGAUUCGCGCGGGAAAACCCAGCGAUUCGGGCGCAUCUGGAUCUUCAAGAGCGAAAGGACAAAUUAGAGCAGGUACGAAAGAAGUCUCCUCCAUGA